CCAGACACAGGAGGAGUCUGCUCUGGUCCUGCCUCUGCCCUUGCAGCCCAUCUCUGUCCAUAAUGAACACCUCCGCAGUGUACCUCUCCAUCGUCCUUGUGGCUGUCCUCUUUUCUCAGGCCUCUCCUGCUCCAAUUGGGGCUGACACAACAGUGUGCUGCUUCAGCUACGCCUCACGAAAGCUGCCCCAGAAUCAUGUGAAGGAUUAUUUCUACACCAGCAGCAAGUGCUCUCAGCCAGCGGUUGUGUUCAUCACCAGGAAGGACCGGCAGGUCUGUGCCGACCCCGACGCCAGGUGGGUGAAGGAAUACGUGAAUGCCCUGGAGCUGCAGUGAGCGCUGGGAGCUGAGGGGUCUCUGCCCCGAGAAACCCUGCAAGACCAUCCAGCAGAGCCUUGGCACAGACCUAGAAAUCCUGCUGCUGAGUUCCAGGGCCUGCUGAGCCCCUGCGGGACCCCUGAAGUUCCUUUUGUCCUGCAAAGGUGCCAUUUAUCCACGAUAAUUUAGCCACCCUUACAGGCAUCUGUGAUGCUGGGCACCUCCUGGCUUUGCAGACCUGUCGCGGCAUAGCCUGGUGUGUGACACGUGGCUAAAGAUAGUGCCUCUUGCUAGAAUGAGAGGGGGAUUUUACCCCUAGAGCUAUUUGUGAGAAGUGGUCUGGAAAAAUGAGGUAUGAGUGCUGCCAGGUAAACCCAGGCUUCCAGGGCAGCCGGCUGGAUUUUGCCGUG